AUGGAAGACAUCCUGGGCGAAGACCUGCCCAUCGCGCCCGCGAGACUGUUUGAGCGGCUCUCACAAGUACCGAAUUAUACCUGGGAUCGCUCGUUUGUGCCGUUUCACACGAGCUACGACCAUUGGCAUAUCUAUGGCAUCCUCCAUAAUCCCGAAGUCAUCAAUCCUCGCGAAUCGGCCAGUACCUUGACCAGCUUUUCCCUCCUGUCCAACGGGUCGACCAAAAGCUCUCCGAAACUCGAUCCUCAUCGUCCGUCGCUGCGCCACCAUCACUGGAGCAGUAUUAGCGGUACUUCCGACAGUGACAAUCUAUCGUCCAAAGGCGGAGACCCGGACCCAAUAUGGAUGCCCGUGGUGGCCCGUAUCAGCACACAUGUGCUGCGACUGGAGAGGGAGUUCUACUACAACCAGGCUGUGGUCAAAGAGGCUGAUCCGGAAUGCGAACAUACUAUCCGACCGAUAGAGAUCUUCAAGCUGCCCAGCACCCCAGGCGACACCCGCCCUAUCGUUGUCUGCGUCUAUGAAGCGCCUGGGAAGAACUAUCUACGAGAGAUCUUGGACAUGGGCCCGGCCUUUUAUGGCCUCAACAAUCGCUUGGAACACAAGAUAGGUCUGUCAGAUGGCACUCCGGGAGAGCAGAUCCCGUUGCAAGCAUUUCUCGAUUUCGCCGUCGGCGCGGCAGAAACACUCGAGCUCUUGCAUCACGGCGCCAAAACCGUACAUGGCGAGGUUCGAUCGGAUACUUUCCACUGGAACCGCGAAACUGGCGCUGUCAAGCUGGCCAACGGCGGAAACGGACCGCGAGCAUUCGAAAACCUACUAUCUAGCGAGGGUUGGGCUAGCAUGAGCAGGGAAAUUGGAGUCAAGAACAAGCUGCAUUUCAUUGCUCCAGAGCAGACUGGCCGAUUGCCAGCCGAACCUGACAGUCGCACCGACAUCUACAGUCUUGGAGUCCUCUUCUGGACACUUCUCACCGGACAACCCGCCUUUGAUGCCGAAACUCCCAUUGAUAUUGUCCAGCGAGUUCUCACUCAUCGGCUCCCCAUGGUGACAUCGAUCCGCAUGGAUAUUCCGGACGCCAUUUCCCACAUUAUUGCCAAGAUGACUCACAAGCAGAUGGAUGAACGAUAUCAUUCGAUGAGCGGUCUGAAAUACGACCUCUUGCAGAUUCAGAAGUUCUUGGGUGAAGGCGAUCAGGAGAAGAUCAAGAAUUACAAGGUUGGGCAACGAGAUGUUUCGUCCUUCUUUAUUCUCCCUACCAAACUAUUUGGUCGGCACGCUGAGACUGAACGCAUCACCAAGAUAAUUGACAGGGCUCAUAAACGGCAGAGCUCUUCGGCAUCGCGGCCGAGUCCCUCACAGCAUGGGCUCCUGAGCGGCUCCAAUUCCUCUAUUUCCGAUAGCCGGGUGGAUGGCCCUGAAGAAGGAGCGCCUUCCGACGACUCGAGCUCAUUCGGUUUUCGGGAAUCCCGAAGCAACUCCACGACGAUUGGAUUGGACAGUACAUAUCCUCCAGGCUACGGUAACAAGGCCAACCUUUUUGGAAAGCGUGCACGAGCAAUAGCCGAUCCGAGAAUUACUCCUCUGGACGUCUUGUCUGAUCGGGAUAGCACUUUUUCUGGCGGCCUGCAGCCACCAACUGAUUCCUUGCCAGGGAUGAUGACACGAAGGAGGAACAGCCACAAGUACAAGCGGAGGUCGAAGACGGAGGUUAUAAUCAUUGUUGGGCCGCCUGGAGUAGGCAAAACUGCUCUGAUCAAAGCUGUGCAGCCCGCAAUUCGCCGCCAUGGAUACUUCGCCCUUGGGAGAUUCGAUAGAGCUCGACCUUCUCCGUUUGAGCCACUGAUGAAGGUUAUGGCGAGCCUCUUUCGACAAAUUUUCUCCGAAAAGGACGUCAAUUCCCCCUAUCAUGAGCAUCUUCGAGCCCACGUUGCUCCAUUCUGGCCAGUAUUACACACAAUGUUGGAUUUACCAGCCACCUUACUCGACGUGACGGUACUCUCGAAGAAGCUUCUAGUCAAAACAGAUACAGCAAACCAGAGCAUCAACACGGAGGUCCCUACGAUCGAAACUGGGACUAAGCCAACCGUGAGCCCAUCCGCUACCCAUGGUACUUGGGAUGCCAACGAUUUCCUCCGUGGCCCAGCGAAUACCAAGUCCAUCCGGCUCAUCAACACGUACAUGGACGUGCUCCGCACCAUCUGCACAGGGAAGUUGAUCUGUCUCUGCUUAGAUGACCUGCAGUAUGCAGACGGCGAAUCGGUCGACCUGCUAAUGCAUAUCAUAAAAGCCAAGGUUCCCGUGGUGCUCAUGUUGUCGAGCAGAGUCGACGAUGACGGCGUUCCCGAAUCAAUCGCCAAGCUUCUCGACCUCGAUUCGAGCAACAAGAUAGAGUUGGCUAAUCUGCGCGAGAAGCACGUGUUCGAGUAUGUUGCAGCAACAAUGUCUCAAUCAGUAGACACGAUCCUUCCUUUGGGUGCCGUUGUUUACGCCAAGUCAGAAGGCAAUCCAUUCCUCUUCAAGGAUAUUUUGCAAACGUGCUAUCAACGCAACUGUUUAUGGUACGAUUGGAGAGCAUCCGGUUGGCAAUUUGACCUGGACAAGAUUUUCGACGAGUUUAGUGGUGAGGGAUGCACCGACAAUGGCUAUCUGACAAGACGACUGCAAGACUUACCGCCCGCUGCAAGGUCCAUUCUGGCCUGGGCUUCCUUGAUCGGCUCCACCUUCUCAUUCAAGUUGAUCCAGUCUAUUAUGGCCGGUGACUUCUUCUACAGCAGCGGAAGGGACCAGGCGCACGAUGCAACAUGCCCUAAACGAGCCAAGUUAUUCAGUCUUUCCGAAACCGACUGCGUUAAUGGUCUUCAGCAAUUGGUCAACAUGUACAUUGUCACACCUGGCGAGACCGAUGACGAGUUCCGAUUUGCGCAUGCGCGGUACCUCAAAGCAGCGAACGAAAUGCGGGAAUGUCAAAACACGACUAAGAUGCAUUUCAUCAUAGUGCAGGCUAUGAUGGGCUAUCUCAGUCAAUGCAAGUACAACUUAUACCCUCUAGCACGUCACAUCUGUCUAUCGGCCCAGAUCGUCAAAGAACGGGUUCCGACUCGGAUGCGCUACCGAGACGUUCUCUGGCGCGGAGCUCAGAAGGCCGUUGAGGCUGGCGCCAAAACAACGGCUCUUCGGUACUACAAGACUGCUCUUGACCUGCUUCAAGACGACAAAUGGGAUACAGAUAACCCUGAUGUGUUCUACGACGAAACUCUACAGCUUCACGUUAAUACCGCUGAAAUCAUGUAUCUUGAGGGGGACAAGGAAGGAGCCCUCGAGCUCUUGAAUGAGACGUUCACUCACGCGAGGUGUUCGGCAGAUAAGACGAGAUCUUUUAUCCUAAAAGGGCGCGUGCUUGCCGCUCAAGGAAAGUUUCUGGACGCAUUUGCAGCUCAGCGAGAAUGUCUAGCAGAGCUCGGGCUUGUUCUAACACAGCCGACUUGGGACGAAUGCGAUAUCGAGUUCAAGAAACUAGAGUUUCGGGUACGGCAACUCGAUAAGGAGGCACUUCUUACAGCUCCGUUGAGCGAAGACAAGAACGUGAUUGCACUCGGAACGGUGCUUAGUGAAGCCCUGGGUGCGCUCUACUGGUCCGACGCUCUGCUCUGGUAUCAACUCGUCAUCGCGUACGUCAACGCGCUCCUUGACCGUGGCAUCUUUGUCCAGGCUGGAGUCGGCUUUGGAAUGCUUGGUGCUGCUGCGAUUGGGCGCUUCAAAGACAUCGACUUGGGCUUAUCCUAUGGCGACCUCGCACAAGAGUUCUUCACCGUGUUCGACGAUGCGUGGAGUCGAGGCAGAGGCUGGACGCUAUACACUCUCUUCAUUGGCCAUUUCCAGACCCCGGUGCGCAAUUUGCUUCCUAUUUUGGACAGCGCACUCGAAUACUCCUUGUCAUCCGGAGAUAGGUUUGUCAGCAUUCUCAACAUUGGUGUCAUGGCCAUCUCAAGAUUCUGGGCUGGACAGGAUCUUGCCGAGGUCGAGGCUUUCUGCACUUACGGUCCUGAAGAAUUUGAUAACUGGGAGAGAGAUCGGCGCGGCGGAACGCUGCUCACAAUUACUAGACAGGUUUCGCGGGCACUUCAGGGGAAGACCAUCGCCGCGGAUGCCAGGACCCUCCUAGACGAUGAAGAUCACCAGACCGAGAAGUGGAUGGCAGAAUGCGAUAUCUACGCGGCUAAUGCACAACGUCCUCGCGACAUCUUCGACGCCAUGUCCCUUGUAGCUUACCAUCUACUCGGUUACCACGAAUAUGUCGUUGAGAAAGGUCGACAGUUGGUUGCCACGACUCUCGAUGAGCUUUGGUCAAAUCGGCCUUCUUGCGCUACUCGCUUUUAUCUAGGCUUGUCGUUGGUGGCAGUUGCGAAAGAGAAGCCCGAAGAAGAGCGGGGCCCAUAUAUCGAAGAGGCUAAGAAGAUGAAGAACUUCAUCGAUGACUGGGGGAGUGUCAACGAUGUCAACUACUUCGCCUGGUCCCGGAUGUUGGAAGCUGCCAUCUCGGACGUCACCCGAGAGUACUACAACGUCAUUUCCAAUAUCGAGAUGGCCAUUGAUCACUGUCAAGUACAUGGCUUCGCGUUGGAAGAGGCUCUCGCAGUGGAGAUGCAAGCAGAGUUUCUGCUUGCGCGAGGCGCUAAGAGGGCGGGAAAAGUCAUGAUACAAGAAGCCAUUGGUGCUUGGAAUCGGAUCAACGCUGCCGGUAAAGCUCGCCAUCUUCAGGACAAGCACGAGUGGUUAAUCAAGACUGCCACUACUUCAAGGACAAUGGACGCCGCCACCCAGACGCAGGACUUGCACUCUUUGGCUGUGGCUGAAGACCCUUCCCUUCAGAACAAGCGCGAAUACACAAAGCAAUGGGUGCAACCCAAGCCGGGCGCUGCAACGCAGACACAGCAGGACGUUCCUGGUCUUGGACUCGACAUUCUGGAUCUGACGUCUAUCCUCGAAUUUUCGCGGGUAAUCAGUUCAGAACUUCAGAUCAACAACUUGCUCUCCAAGAUGAUAUCGGUCAUCCUCGAAUCUGUCGGCGGUCAGGCCGAGUUCUGCGCCAUCGUGAUAGACUCUGAGGACCAAGGCUGGUGUGUCGCAGCGAGUGCUGACCACGAAACAGGCGUCAAGACAUAUCCCGAUGGCAUUCCGUUCUCGGAGGUUGACGAUCAAGCCGCCCAACAAAUCACACAUUAUCUGCUGCGCACAAAGGAAACGGUCUUUGUGCACAAUGUGCUCGAGGACGACCGAUUCUCUAACGUGGGCGACGCGUACCUGGCCAGAAACCCGCACGGACGCUCGAUCAUUGCCAUCCCUAUAAUACAGGCUGAUCAUUUGAUGGGUGUGAUCCACCUGGAAGGACGACCAAACGCCUUCACACAACGUAACAUGAUCGUCCUCAACCUCCUCACAAACCAGGUUGCUAUCUCACUGGGCAAUGCACUCUUGUACAGAAAGGUCCGGAAAGUGAGUGCAUCAAACGCCAGCAUGGUCGAGUCGCAAAAGCGCGCGCUUGUAGCUGCCCGGGAAGCAGAAGCCAAGGCCAAGAAAGCGGAAGCGGAGGCGAUGCACAAUGUCAAGCUGAAAGAAGAGGCCGCCCGGGCCAAGUCCAUCUUCCUUGCUAAUGUCAGCCACGAACUUCGAACACCGUUGAACGGCGUGAUUGGCAUGUCGGAACUCCUCAAAGGGACCCCUUUAAGCAAAGACCAGGAACAAUAUGCCGACAGCAUCCGUGUUUGUGCCGAUACCUUGUUGACCGUUAUCAACGAUAUUCUAGACUUCUCCAAGCUCGAGGCCGGCAAGAUGCAGAUGUUCACGGUACCUCUAAACUUGAAGGAGACCAUCACCGAGGUGGUACGGGCACUGGCCUACACCAAUCAAGAGCACGGCCUGAAGACGAUCGAAGAUUUGCAGAUCGACGACAACUUGGUUUUGGGCGACCCAGUCCGACUCCAUCAAAUCUUUAUGAAUCUUCUGAGCAAUGCGUACAAGUUCACGCCGCAAGGCUCGGUCACAGUGCGCGCUCGCAAAAACGCCGAGACACGAGACCGGGUCAAGAUCACUUGCUCUGUCGCAGACACGGGGAUUGGCAUCACUCAGGAGCAGCUGACACGACUCUUCCAGCCGUUUUCGCAGGCUGAUUCAUCCACGGCUCGUUCCUACGGUGGCAGCGGUCUCGGCCUCAGCAUCUGCAAGGCGAUGAUCGAGAACGUGCUUGGUGGGAAGAUAUGGAUAGAGUCCACGCCUGGGGUGGGGACGACGGUGUCGUUCACCCUGACCUUCCACAAGGCGCCCAAGAAUAGUAGCGUUGUGAACGACAUGCAAAUCUCUGCGAAGGAUCCAGACCCGAUGGCAAAUUGGUCCCAGGCGGCGAGUCCUGAAACGGAGCACAAGACGUACAGUUUCUGCGACCUGAGCAAAGUUCCUCGCGAAGAACUACGUGUCUGCAUUGCCGAAGACAACCACAUCAACCGGAAGAUUGCCAUCUCCUUUGUCAAAAAGCUUGGCUUCAAAUGCGAGGCGUAUGAAGAUGGCAAGCAAGCAUACGACGCUUUAAAGGCCGAGAGCAAAGAGGGCCGGCCGUUCCACCUCGUGCUCAUGGAUGUCCAGAUGCCAGUGUUGGACGGGUAUGAAGCGACGAAAGCAAUCAGAGCCGACCCGGAUCCCAACGUCAAUCGUGUUUUGAUCAUUGCCAUGACGGCUUCUGCAAUUCGAGGCGACCGGGAAAAGUGCUUGGAGGCAGGCAUGAAUGACUAUCUUGCCAAGCCUGUCCGCCAAACAGCAUUGAAAACCAUGUUGGAUGACUACAUCAAGAACAGUAAGGGGGUUACCGAAGCCGCGGACAAGAAAGGCAACUCCCCCGCGGUCCCGGGCGAUAGUGUUGACGGCCUCACCGACGCCGGCGACAAACCACCGGAGCUUGCCCCUAAUGGUACUCCGACAACCAGUCCGACGGAAAACCCGAAAAUCCGACGUCCGUUCAAGCGCGUCAUGAAGAAAGUCGAAGCUGAUAUUGCUGAAGUGAGUGAAGAUGCGAACCGCAAGCUUAAAGGCGCAGCAGCCGAACAAGAUGCGAGCCAUGGUCCGAGUCCCCCAAGUGGCAAGAGAGCGACGGAUGAGUUGGGCAAGAUUAGUUCGGACCACGUUAUGCCCAAGGCAGUGCUAGACCUUAGCACCAACGGCAUCAAUGGUCACGCAAGCGGCGAUCAGAACGGAAUGCCCCUACCUUUGAAAGAGAAGUCGGGAAAUAUGGAUAGGGCGGAAUAG